GUUGAUUGCUGCAAAGAUUUUUUAAACUUGUUUAGCUAUCUUUGGCAGCAUGGAUGUAUUUAAUAAAUUUUAUUCCUCGGCUGUGCACACUGUAUCGCAGCUGUCUGGUGUACUGCCUGGAAACAAUGUGACCCGGGAAUACGAAGUGCUGGAGCAGGUUUGCACUGCGGGUGUGGGUCUCAUGUGGAAGGUAUACAGUGGUCACAAGAAGAGCACGAAGCAAGAGGUCUCAGUGUUUGUGUUUGAAAAAAAGGUACUGGAGCGCUGGUCAAAAGAUGAUCGAGAAACAAUGCUGGAGACACUGCGACGCGGUGUACAACAGCUAACAAAGAUUCGACAUCCGCAUGUGCUAACUGUGCAGCAUCCACUGGAGGAAAGUCGAGAUUCGCUGGCAUUUGCCACAGAGCCUGUUUUUGCAUCGCUGUCCAAUGUUGUGGGGGACAAUGUGCGCUCCGACAAAAAGCUAUAUGACGUUGAGAUACGCCAUGGGUUGCUGCAGCUGUUCGAUGGUCUGCAGUUUCUACAUAACGAUGCUAAAAUUGUGCACCGCAACAUUUGUGCCGAAACCAUUGUUAUUAACAAGAAUCGCAGCUGGAAACUGUUUGGUUUCGACUUUUGUAUAGCCAAUCAGCCUGCAACAAAUGGCACACCACAUUGGCCAUGUCGGGAACAUAGCACAGCACUGCAUGUGCUAGCACAACCUAGUCUAGAGUAUACAGCACCCGAGCUGGCAUUGAACAGUGUUAACACACCAGACAGUGAUCUGUUUUCCUUGGGUGUGCUCAUCUUUACAAUUUACACUGGCAAGCCGCUUAAAAUGUUUGGCAGCGACUACAGCGGCUUUCGACGCUAUGCCAACGAAUUAAAUCAACGAAAGUAUCCUGCUAUGAGUGCAGUGCCCAAUGAGUUGACCGACAGUCUUAAGGCCUUGUUGCAUCCAAGCGCCAAUAUGCGACCAAAAUUGCAUGAGCUCAAACAAAUUGUUUAUUUCCAAGAUGUGGGUGUCAAGACACUGAGCUAUUUGGAUUCACUCUAUCAAUGGGAUAAUCUACAAAAGUCCAAAUUCUACAAAGGUUUGCCACAGAUUAUACCAACAUUGCCGCAUCGCGUCAAUCUGCAUUCCAUACUGCCGACGAUGGUUAAGGAAUUUGUAAACUCGCCCAUGAUACCAUUUGUGCUACCAAAUGUGCUGUUAAUAGCCGAGAUGAGCAACCAGCGCGAAUACUGCGAUCAUAUACUGCCUCAUCUAAAGCCUAUAUUCAAGCUUUUUGAUCCCAUUCAAAUACUGCUGAUCUUUAUGCAAAAGAUGGAUUUGUUGCUUAAGCUAACACCGGCAGAGGAUGUUAAGCAGAGUGUACUACCGCUGCUCUAUCGAUCGCUGGAGUGUGACAUGCCACAAAUACAGGAACUUUGCCUGGGUGUGCUGCCCACAUUCUCCUCACUUAUCGACUACAAUGCUAUGAAGAAUGCUGUGAUUCCACGCAUUAAAAAGCUUUGCCUUAAUAGCAACAAUGUUUCGGUAAAAGUAAAUUGUCUUAUAUCAAUUGGCAAGCUGCUGGAAAAUCUAGACAAGUGGCUUGUGCUGGACGAGAUUUUGCCAUUUUUGCAGCAGAUACAAAGUCGCGAGCCGGCUAUUGUCAUGGCUAUAAUAGGUAUUUAUAAGAUUGCUAUGACCAACACCAAACUGGGCAUAACCAAGGAUGUAAUGGCGCACAAAUGCAUACCAUUCCUAGUGCCACUAAGUGUGGAAAAUGGCCUGACUACAGCACAAUUUAAUACCAUAAUUGCAUUAAUUAAAGAAAUGUUGGGACGCGUUGAGCAGGAGCAGCGUGAAAAGCUGCAACAGCUGUCCACCAUACAGCGAGACAAUAAACCUAAGGAUGCUUCCGAAAUCUUGGCCAAUGAAAUGGAGAGUGCAACACUUUCGACUACAGGCAGCAAUGGCAAUAAAAGUGACGAUGACAUGUUCUCUGGCUUCACCAUAGGACAGCCAACAGUUCAGGCAGCUACUAAAACUGUGCCAACUUUAUCAGCCGUCAAAACCAGGGAGCAACUCAAAAUAUCCAAUGAAGGUGCAGCUAAACAGGAUAUUUUCUCUACACUUAUGCAAAACAAUUUGAGCGGCUUGUCCCAUGCACAAAGCGCGGCAGCAACUGCACCUCAACUUAGUUUCCCUGUUAACAGUAGCAGCAGCAACAACAGCACAAGCAGCAACAAUUGGCACAGCUCAAAUCCGUUGGUGAUGAAUAACCAGCUCGCAUCACCACAAGCUAGCAGCAAUAAUAACUUUUCAUCGCUGGACGAUCUGGAUCCAUUUGGUGGUGGAAGCGCUGCUGGUGGAAACAGCAAUCAGCCUGCUAAGCCAAAUAAUUUAAACGGUGCCAACAUGUAUACACUGCAGCAGCCCACAGUUAAUUAUAUAUACCCAACGGGUUAUAAUACGGCAAACAAUUUAAACAAUAUGCAGCAAAGCAUGAGCUUAAAUACACUUAUGGGCUCAGCUCCAACAGCCGCACCUCCUCUCAUGCCACAAACGCAAGCGGCACAGUCAACCGAUAGCAAGAAUCUGAAUACACUAUCACAACAAGAUAUACUUAAUUUCCUUAACUAGAAAGAACGAACAUUCCCUAUUUAGGCCAAAUAGCCAAUGCUAAAAAAUCAACUAUUCCAUAUUAUAUAUAAACUAUUAAUUAUAGAUGACAAUUGUGUAUGUGUGUGUGCGAUUAUAUGUUUGUA